AUGGACGCAUCUCUCAAGAAGGAUUUGAAGGGGGUGAAGCAGAAGAUAACUGAUGGGAUUGCGGAAGUGAUUCAGAAGUUGAAGGUUAAAGAGUUGGAUGAUUUGGUGAAAGGGGAUUUGCAGAGUCUGAAGGGGAAGAUUGAGGGGCUUAACCAGGAGGUUAAUGACAGUACGGACAGUAAUGGUAAAAUUGUAAGUAAGGAGUUGGCAGAGCUUAAAAAGCAUAAGGGAACGCUUGAUAAUACUACCAGUUCAAGCGGAUCAAUUCAGAAGGCGGUGAAUAGUCUUGAUGAAAACUUUAAGAAUCAUAUCCAGAGUCCGCUUGACAGGAAAGUCAGUGCAGUUGACACGGCGAUUGGGGCGCUUGGCGGGAAUUUUGAUGGGGUCAGCAAUAAAGAAAAGCUUCAAAGCAUUUUCGAGCAUAUUAAAGGACAGAUUGGGGAGAUUAAGGGGAAGGGAGGGACAGAUAGCGGUUGGCAACGUAAAGAUGCUAAAGGUCUUCUUGGCAUUGAGGGUGCGAUAAAGCAUUAUGCGGGGAAUUUCGCAGGUGUUAAAUUUGACGACAUAGUGAAUGGUUGGCUGCAGGGCAUUUUGGGUAAGAGGAGAGGAAUUAUUGUGGAGUGGUUUAGCGAGUGGAUUAAUCAGCACGUUCAGGAUAACCGGCCGAACGGCAAAAGGGUGGUAGGUGGCUCCACAUUUGACAAAAUCUUUCGUGACGAAAUUAUCGACAAGAUUAAGGAACAGCUGGUGAACGAAGCACACGCAGCCGGUGGAGUGGUUCAACAAGAAGCACAAAAUGCCAAAGACUCAGAAAAAAUCACGAAGACCGUUGAGGCUGUAAAAAAAGGCUGCGAGGAUUUUGCAGAGAGGAUUGAUGCAAAACUCAGGAAGGGGCAAAUUACUUCGCUUCUUCAAGCCGUAAGGGUAAAGGUUGUCGGCGAGAAUUUUAAGUUGAAGCAUGGCAAAAAUGAAAACGAUCUUGAUGAAAUCCUGAAAACAAUCCUAAUCGCCCUGCGCUCCACGUCCAAUCAGGUUGCGGACGAGAUUAAGUCAAUCCUACUUGCAGACUACAGGAUGGGCGGCGAACACAGCGAUAUACACAUCGCAAAGGCGUUGGAUGAUGCGAUUAGAGUAACCAAGGAUCUCGAUAAAAAGCUUAACCAGGCGACCAACCCCAAGCAACCCGGCACCUCCAACCAAGAAAGCCCCGCCCAAGCCGUGGACAGCAAGUUGAAGGAAGUGAGGAGUGAUGUAGAGACCGGGAUUGCUAGUAGAUUUACUGAAGUCACAAAAGAUCUUAAGAAAGAAGUUAGUGGUCUUGAAGCCGCCGUUAACGAGUUCGACCGCCAAGCUCAAGCACAGAUCAAGGAAGCGGCCUCGUCGGCGAUUGGGAAGGCGGCUGGGGAAAUAAGUGAGGAGGGUCAAGACCCUGACGUUAAGACUAAAAUGAUUCAGUUCAGCGGUCAGUUCACUAAGAUCACUCAUGACAAAACAGGACUCCAACCGUCCCUUGAAGGUCUGCUUGACACGCACAUUGGUGAGGAUGAUCCGCCAAAGGGUGGUGGAGCAGGUAAUCAAAAAGUUAAACUUAAUCAAACAAAUUUUGACAAAUACAAUGGCCACGUUGAUCAAGCAAGAAUUGAAUCCCUUAAUGGCAGUAAAACUCUAGACGGCACUGCAGGCGAAGGCAAACUCCCCGAGGCGAUCGGGAACAUCAAGACUGACGGCCUGAAAAGGGAGUUGGAAUCUUCUGUGAUUUUCGGGGAAAAAUUGAGAAACUGCGUUUCUCAAUUUUAUCACAGAAAGGAAAUUUUUCCGAUGUCACUGGGGGGUGUAUUGACGGUCGGAAAGGCGGAUUUAAAGCGGCAGCAUCGCGAGGGGCUAGACGGCCACCGAGGGCCGGUCGAUACGGCUGGAUACCUCCAGGCUAUCGACGUGGACGUCCCCGACGGGAUGGACAUCGACGCUCCGCUUGUCCCCGUGGGGCACCGAGAGGAUCGGAUGCCCGAACGGAGGCAUGAAUCCAGAAAACAGGUACAAAGCGGUGUCAAGGCUCCGAAAAAGAACCCCAAGAAAUCGAAGGGGCCCGGCCGUGGCGGCGAAAGCCGCCUCAGUCCGCAUCAGGGCCAGAUAAGUCGCCAGCCUGGAACCACUCCUGCUGUGCAGGGCGCCCCUAAAAAGGCGCGAAACGGCGGUCCCCAGGGUAAAAAGGGUAACACCUCUAAGCCCAAAAAGGCGGGCAAAAAGGCCAAUAGGCCGCCUGCCGCAAGCAGCCACGCAGUGCCGAGUUCGGUAGAACUCGCGCCCGUGUGUGUGCAGGUGUCUAACCUGCAGCCACCAGCAGGAGGCACGAAUGAAAAUGGUGGCAUAUGCCGCUCUCCGUCCGUCUAUUCCAUCCUGUCUGAUGACUUUAUGGAUGUGGACGAAGAGGAACCUGAGCAAGUCGGGCCUGUAGAUGAAACAAACAACAGUAUAGCAACAGGCACCGCCAGUGAGGUGGCUCUCGCUGAGCCGGCUGCGUUGGCAAGGGCACCCGAAGGGCAAGCCCCCCAAGCUGUAUGGGUCGGGAACACGUCGCCAAUGCCGUUAAACUACGGCAGGCUGAACGCGAAGAUACAGUUCUUACACUGUGUCAUGCGUCAGAUCAACGGACCAUGGUGUCACUGGGCAGUAGAUGUAUACAAGGCAGUAGCGACGAAAUACAGGAGGAUGCCAAGAGGAGGAUGGAAGGUCCUCGCGGAAUUUGCGAACGAGAAAUUCGAGUUCCACAAGACCACCGCGGAGGUGGAGCAGAUGGCGAAACAAAUGGUCUUCAAAAUAGCUAAGAAUAGGCCAAGGGAGGCCGGGGAAAUAGUUCCCCUCCACGACGCGGACACAUUUGUCGCCGUCUCGCAGGAAUUUAACAAGAUCUUGGCAAGAAGGUUGAGGGAGCCGGGUGUCAUAAGAAAUGUAAGGAACAAGAAGCACACCCUCUGCUCCCUUGACUUCGCGGCGAUAAAAGCGCUGGACGUAGUAAUUGCAAACUACCUGGAGCACAACCCGGUAACUGACAUGGGGAUGCUCGCCAUCCUAUAUCAGACGGCCCAGGAUUGCUACGACAGCGUGACAUCUAAAACGCCGGGAACCUCGAGUAGGAAGGAAGCAGCUCAACAAAGGAUCAAGGAGCUGGAGGAGUUGGGGUUGCUCCUCAUUCGGUACAAGAAUAAAGUCAACCUCGACAAACCGGAUAGACAGCGUGUUUAUCGCCAGAUGGACAAGUACAACAUGAUUGCCGACAAGCCACAGGAACUGUCGUACGUCAUCAGUAGGACGCAGGAGGAGCUCCAGAAAGAGUACGACAAGCUGAAGAAGAUCAAGUUCAAGACGGAGAUGUACGGCCACAACCGCAUGUUCGAGUUGUACAGAGGACACUUCUACAGAAUGUUGGAGAAGCAGCAGAACGUGGACGAAACGGCGAUAAACGAGGAAGCGCUGAAGGAAUACUGGGCGCAAAUGUGGGUAAAGCCGAAAGCACCGGACAACGGUUCGCAAUACCUGGUGGAACGACCGCCGGCACAGUCUGUGACGGGCUUUCCCACAUUCGAGGAAUUCUUAAGGAUCCUCAAGAAGAUGCCGGAUUGGAAGUCGCCCGGGGUGGAUGGGAUAUAUACCUACUACAUCAAGUGGCUCCCGUCUCUGCACAGAGUCACUUACAGGCUAGUGGAGGAGGCAUGCUCGUACGGCAAACCGCAAGACGACUGGUUCUACUGUGGGAUCACCCACCUCCAACCAAAAGGAAACAAACCAGUAUCGGCUUCGCAGUACAGGCCGAUCACGUGCAUGUCUAACUUAUACAAGCUAACUACCCGGUGUGCAACGGAAGCGCUAAAGCGCGAAGUCGCGGGCAGGGGACUACGGUCCGAGAACCAGAUGGGCACGAGGAGCAACGUACAGGGUGCGAAGGAGCACGCGUUGUCGAACAUCGCGCUCAAUGAGAAGCACAACGGACAGUUACGCGCAGUGUGGAUCGACGUCAUGAAGGCGUAUGACUCCAUCGACCACGACUACUUGGCACAGGUUAUUGAGAACCUGCACUUGCCAGGGUGGUUAUCACUAUUCAUCAAGCAAACGGUGAAGAAGUGGAAUAUAGAGAUAAGGUGGCACAACAACACUCUCAUGCACAAGAAAGUCGAGCGGGGCAUACUACAGGGUGAUAGCCUGUCGCCCCUUCUCUUCGUCUUGUGUCUGGACCCACUGAGUAGGCACCUGACCCGCCUUUUUCCUAAGGUGGAGAUACAAGUGCCAGGCGACAGGGUCUACGCGACAAACCACUUUCUCUAUAUCGACGACCUAAAAAUUUUCGCCCACGAGGAGAGCACGAUUAUCGGCAUGACUCGGGAAGUGGAGCUAUUCUUCAAAAAUACAGGAUUCGUGAUCAACCGCGACAAAUCUGCAACUAACACGGAAGCUUGCUCAAGCAUAGCGAAGAUGAUGGAAGGACCAGACACGUACAGGUACCUAGGAGUCACGGAAAACAGGCACUCAAUCACUGAAUGCAAUGCGAUGUACGAGACAAUCGUGAACGAGAUCUGCAGGAGAGUAGAGCUACUCGCAGCUUCGAAGCUGUCAGCGAAAAACCUAUCGCUGGCCAUAAACGAGUACGCCCGGAGUGUAAUCAACUACUACGUGGGAGUUAUUCCCAUGGACAUCACGUACUUCAACAGGAUAGACCUGGAAGUGCGUACAAGAAUAGCCGAUAAGAAAGCACACGCGAAAUGGGCGAACACGCAACGGCUCUACCUCCCCCGAAAGGAAAUGGGGAGGGGGCUUCACAGCAUGGUAUUUAGAGCAGAGGCCAUGUUGUUACGACUGUGGAUGACGUUUGCAGCAGACGAAGCAACGUCAGAAAGAAGAGCUGCCAUAAUGCAGCAUUACCGCGAGACUUAUGCGCACAUAUCACUCAUACUACUACACCUGGAAGGAAGAUAUGGACUGAAGUUUGAGCAAGAGGACACAAUAGAGAAGUGUCUCAGGGACCUCAGGAGGGCUCAGAACAAAUGGCUAUACGACAGAAUGGAGGUAAAAUCAACACAUAAGGUUCUGUUUGCCAAGCGUGACGACCCCAACUUGGACAUUGAGGGAUCUUCUCUAGUUUUCACAAGUGGAAUCCUCAGUCCCUCAGAAGAAGCGCAAGCCGCGGCAGUUCAGGACAGGAACCUGACAUGGAUGUCACCGACGAAGAAGUGUCCGAGGUGCAAGAACGGCAAGAAUGUGGAUCUCGCAACAAAAUGCCCGAAAAUGCUGCGUAUAGAGUAUACGAGGAGGCACGAGGCAGUUGCGAGGAUAAUCCACUCGGAACUCGGGAGGCAAAUAGGACUACCCAAGGAGAAAAUGGACGCCCACAAGAUCGAGAGCGAAGUGCACGGGAAACACGGAUGGAUCGCGUACGACAAAACGGUCAAGACUCAGAAGAUCAAGGAGUACAACCGCCCAGACAUAAUAGUGGCGGAUCGACGGAGGAACAUGAUCACCAUCGUGGAAAUAGGAAUCACCAACCAGGACAACCUAGUGGAGACGGAGAUAUUCAAGAAACGGAAGUACGAAGCUUUGAUAGAGGACCUGAAGGCGCGGCAAUUCAACCAGCACACAACGUUCAGGGCAAUCCCCUACGUUAUGACGUGGGAGGGGAUAGUGACAAAAGAACACACCAAGUAUAGGCGGGACCUGGGCAUAUCGGAUCGCCUAGAAGCCCAUAUACAACGGGUAGUGAUCCAAGAAACACAAAAGCUAGUGUUGAGGGACAUGAAACCCAGAGAAGAUUAUGACUCUGUGAAUGACCCUCUCGCCCAAACAGGAUGGAUGCCACAAUGGAUGAUUGCCUAUGAAACCUUUAAUAAACCUUUUAAAGAAAUUGAAAAAGAGCUCCAAGCCAUCGCGUGGUUCGUCACUAAUAGCAAUAACCAAAAGCCCAGCGAUUACACCGGUGGAGACGAUGACGGUAUUAAGCAGCACUUGACAAAAUUGAAAAACGCUCUUGAGCAGAAUGGAUUUAAUGACGUUGAUAAAAGUUUAGACCAAAUCAAAUCGGCAAUUGACAACCUGAAGACAAAUACGUAUGAUAAAAGGAGCAAAGAAAUUAACCAAGCCGUCACCCAGAUUAAGACGCAGCUUGGAGAGCUUAGAGAGAAGUUGCAAAAUCCGGAGGACAGUAAAAAAGACGAAGAUGUUAUAAGGAGACUGGAGCACAUGAAGGAGCAGGGCCUUGGCACACAGGAAGAUUGGACACCGAACGGUCAACCUCUCAGUGGUCUUGGGAAAAUAGAGAGUGAUCUUAAUGCUGAAAUUAUAAAGUUACCAGACCAGACGAAAAUUAUUACCAAUGCCAUCGCCAACAUUCAGUGGGCGCUUGCAACUGUAAAAAUUAAGUUGGAUCAUGUCCUCAUUCCUGAUGAUGUCAUGUACAAUUUGAAAAAAUUAAAAAUGAGGAUUGGUAAAGGCGAUGCAAAAAAUGGAAAUCUUCAACAAAUUCAUGAUGUAAUUAGUGGACUGCAAUCCGGUGAUUUUACUAAAAAGCCGCAAGACAUCCAAGCAGCCAACUCAGCAAUUAAAGCAGAACUUGGCGUGCAGAGGAGCACGUUGGAGAGUGAGGUCAUUAAGACACUGAACGAUUUGAAGGACGCUGGACUAAGUGGCAGCACGUGGGAUAAACAUAAUAAAAAUAAAAGCCUCAUAAACAUCGAAAGUGACCUUAACACUCAACAAACUACGUUGAAUGACCAACCCACUGAAAUACACGGUGGCGUCACCCAAAUCACCGGUGAGCUUGAAAAUCUUCAGAAGCAGUUGAAUGAUGAGGUCACCGAAAAGCUGCUGAUGCUGAAAGAGCAUGGCCUUAAUAACGGUGACACACCGUGGACAAAUGAAAGUAAGUCUCUCACAGGUAUCCAAAAAAUCACCGAAGACAUCGAGGCCAUAAAGGACAAGGACGUUAAGGACGUCAGGCAUUAUGUCGUCGCCCUGUGCAGUGCUGUCAGGCAUAACGCAAGAGAUCUCAAAGGCAUUUUAAAGGAAGUGAAAGAAAUAUUGCUUGACAAAGAGUUGAGGAAAAUUUACAGUGAUAUCUACAAUCUGCUAUUCGGCCCGCUGAACGAUGUCAUUCAAUCACUCAAGAAGUUUGGAAAAUACGCCGUCUGGGCCGCUUCCUUGAUCUGUUUUUCGGCGGCAGUGUUGAAAGUGUCAACGGCGGUGGGAAGUUCUUGA